AUUACAUCAGUGUGUGUGUGUUUGCAUGUAUGUGGGGAGGGGGAGGAUUUGUUUGUGUGUUACUGGAGGAAACUGCGCAUUACAAACAUGAGCUGUAUUACAAUUAUUUUCCAUUUAGAGGACACGACCUCAACAAGUGGCUUGUUCUAAAUCUUUUGUGUCUCCUGGGCUGGACACAUGAGAUAAACGGGAUAUCGUGCGGUGUUUUUUUCACUCUAAUUUGCUGUCUUUUGCAGAGAAAAUUGUCUUUGCUUGUAGCGGCUGCCGGUUCGACCCUGUGUGACAAGACCAGUCUGACAGAGUGAUAGAUGAAGCGGAAGGGACAUUAUGAUUUGACCAGCCCCCAUUCUCCGGGCUACAGACUGCAACAAUAAUCUCGAGUGGAGGACUAGGAGCGAGACUAUGUAGGAUAUCGGGAAACUCGGUAAACACGCAGAGACAGAUCACGACAGGCUUCCUCCUGUCGAUGGUACGACCAGUCUGAUUGGCCACAGCGCCAAUUGCUCGCGCCAUCAAUGAGAAGUUAGUUUAUGGCACGAAAAAUUGCCAGUGGCAAUAUCUCACAUGGUUGGACCGAACUCACGCGAUGGCAUUCUCAGAUACAAACUCUUGACAACAUAGUGCUUUCAUGAAACGUUUGGUGACUGAACUUUUAAACACAGUACUUUUGAGGACAUGAUAAAUCACUUUGAAGAUACAUUAUUUUUGUCGAUAUUGAAUUUUUGUUGAUGCAGUACGUUUGAAGACAUUUGAGAAUAUUGUCAGAGCCAGACGUUUAAACUUGGAAGGUGAUUGAUCGUUGAGAUACAUUUUUGGCUGAGAAACAGUCCGAUAAAAUGUCGUCUUCGUGCCUGUCUGACUGCCUGACAAACAACCAGACCAGCAGAGUGGACAAUGCCAGUCGGGAGUUGUGUCGAUGGAGGACAGCGGACGGGAGAGCAUCGUCAUCGUGUUGGCCAUCGUGAGGCUGUGUCUUGCUGUCUUCGGCUGCAUCGCCAACACCGUGUCCGCCGUGGUGCUGACCAACCGGAAGCUGUGGUCGCCAACGUCCAUGCUGCUGCUGUCGCUGGUGGUGUACGACGCGCUGUACCUGCUGCUGGUGCUGCCUAUCACCGCCAUCAGCAUCAGCAUCAACGUGCACUACACCGCCGCCAAGUACUCGGCGCUGAUGACCAUCACGUCCCUCAGCUUCUCGCUGCGCUUUAUGACACAGAUGGCCUCUACCUACACCACAGUCACCGUGACUAUUGAGAGAUGCCUUGUCAUCUUGCUGCCACUGAAAGCUCGCUCCAUCUGGACCCACGGGAAAACUCGUCGAGCUAUUUUUGCUGUCCUCAUUCUCACCGUCAUCUUCAACAUCCCUCGCUGCUUUAACGACGUCCUCGUCAACUCCCAGACCACCGCCACCACGCCGGAAGGACUGGGACUCAUCCCUAACUCCUUGGUCAGCGCCACGGGCAGCCAACCGUUGGCCGUUUCUUUGAACGGGGGACAUAGUUCACAAAGACAAAAUAGGACACUACCUCGAAAGCGACCUCAGAACAGGAAACGAAGUCACGUGAUUCCAUCAACACUGAGAAGUGACCAAACAAACCAACCGCUGUAUGGCACUCCCCGGAGCACCGGCGUCGGGACUUCAGAAGAAACACACAGCUAUCUGUCAAGGCCUGUCAACAUGACCACCAUCAAUAUCUUGGUGGGCGGGUCGUGGGGCAAUGACAGUGGCGACGCCAGCUACGAGGAGGGGCAGGCGAUGAGAGGACUCAAGUACCUGUACCAGUCAGUUUACCUGUCUUACCUGACGGUGAUUUUCCUCUACCUGUUGCCGUACACCUUAAUCCUCUUCUUCAACAUCCAGCUGCUGAUCGCUCUGCGACGUCGCAAGGAGGAGACCAGGAGGAUCAGCAUCAGGAACGAGCACCGCAUGUCCGGAAAUUCCUGCACCUCCCCCACCAAUAGAGAAGAAGAUCUCACUUACAUCGUUCUUGGAAUCACGCUGUGCUUCUUUGUCUGCUGCAUUUUGCCGACAGUCUACAUGAUAUCGACCCUCGCCACCGGCUCUUCCGGCGACAUGACCUCCACCUUGCUGCUCAACGCAGGGGAGACAACUCUCGCAAUCAACGCGGCGACGGAUUUCUUCUUCUACUGCCUUCUGGGACGCAAGUUCCGGUACGUGUUCAUGAAGACAUUUUGCCCGAAGCGCUACUUGCAGAAGACCAAAGCAAUCACUCUCAGGUCCACCAUGUCCUACAGUUCUGUGUGAAGACGACACCACACAUCUUGCGGAACUCCCAAAGCAAGGAGCCCUCCCUAGUGUGGAGUUGUCUGCCUUGUAAGUAAAGUGCAUUAAUCUGUGAGAUCGUUCAAACUGUGUGUCAGUCGUCAGGAGAUGGACUCAGUUAUCUGGAAACCGAUUUUGUUCCUGUGUUUGCUGGUGUUGGAAGCUGGAGGAGAGUUUUGUGGAGUUAGACGAUGUGAUCGGGGAUUACACUUUUUCCUGUGAAAGCUCCAGAAAAUGACAUGUCGGUAUUCACCCUGAUCCCAUCAAUGACGAGUUGAUAAAUGACAAACCGAUCUGUGAACAUUUGCCCUAAAAGACCUUCCAAACUCAGCUACUAAAGAUUCGUGAGUGACAUUAUUUCUUUUACCUCCAUUAUCAAUGUGACAUUUCCUCAACUAGAAAACAGUCUCAAAAUAAUCUCUGUCCACAGUGUCUACAAUGUGGAUUUUUUUCCUUCGAAAGAAAAACUGCCUGCUGGCACUCUGCGCACUUGGUUAAAGGGUCAUCGGAAGACAAAAUGGAGCUGUUCGUGAUCUGCUGAACGGUGAAAUAAUCAAAAAAGUGUCAAUCACUCACCUUGUUUUCUUCUUCUUUCCGAAAUGAGGUUAUUUUCUCUUUCACUGUUGUCAUGGAAUUUGCCGGAAACUAAUUUAUUUUGUGGAAGAAUAAUUCUCUCCCUUGGUAUUGCCUUAUUCAGCUGCACUCGUAAUAUUUAAUAUCAACAUGGUAACAUUGCCACGUGAAGUAUCAAAUGUACAGAAGUAGAUUUUUGCGAUAUAAAACCUUUCCGAGUUGUAGUUGUGACUGUUUCCUGAACACGUAUGUAGAAAAAAAAACUGAGUUUCAACAAGAGUAGCCUACCUUUCACUGAAGACUGUAUUAUUUGCAUUACUAGCCACGCAUUUUUCUGCAAUAGUGCCUUGUAUAUAGCAACCGCUUGUGGAAUGUGUUGGUCAAAUCAAGAAACUGAUGGGUUUACAGGUUCUGAUGGGCGCGGAUGGUUUGGGCUUCUCCUAAUUUAUUAAAAAUUCAUUUUAUUCAAAGCAUUUUUCCUUUGUUUAGAAUGCAAAUAUUAUAGAUUGAGAUUAGUAUUUACAAGUAGACAUUUUAUAAAGAAAUUUCUGUUACCGCAUGUUUCUAUUUCAUUACUUUAAGCCAGACAUCGAUUGGAAUUUACAUGUUAAAAAUCAGAUUCUUACCUUUGAAAACUUUAAAUUGUUCAUAUAUUGUUGUGCAUGUAUAUUUAUAGACAGAGAGACAGAGAGAGAGAGACUAUCAGUGGGGCUCGGAGAGAAGCUGAAAGUUCAGCAAGUAAAAGAAAUGUUGCCUUCUUAAUAUGCGAAAUUGUUUGUGCAAAAUAUGCAUGUGUUCAUUUGUGUAUGCAAGUGUCAGCUGCACUCGUGGGUUCCAUGUCAUGUCUGUCACUGCCAUGCAGUCCUUUGUCUGGGUUGGGAUGUGGGAUCCUUUGUUGUCUUCUUUUUAUUCUUGGAUGUAAGUCUUCAUUCUGAAUCUUUCUCAAAUGUCAAGAAGCUACACAGACAAUGUGGUUUCUGCGCACAGAAAAGGAGAUAUUAACAGUUUCUAUGGAUACCACAGACAAAGUGCACACCGGCUGGAUCCUCCUCUUAGUCACGUGAUACAAUGUGUGCCGAGUGUUAGUACAACUUGUGGAAAGUAUUUAAGACAUUUCGAGGUCUUGUGUACAGCAUCUGCUGGUAGCUUGGCAACUUUCAUAUUUCUAAUUAUGAC